AUGCCAGCGCCCCAGCCCUUCCCGCCGCCGUGCGCCCUGGCACCUUCCCCGCGCGCCUGGCACCCUCCCCCGCGCCGCGUUCCCGCCGCCGCCGCCCGCACCCAGGCGCCCCGACACCCCGACCCGCAGUUCCCGCCCGACGGCAGCUCCCAGGCACCCGGACACCCCGACCCGCAGUUCCCGCCCGACGGCAGCGCCGCCGCCGGGAGCCCGCACCGCUGCUCGGACGCGCAGUCAGUCCCCCGGGGACCCGGGCAGGGCCACAUUCGUAGGGCGGACGCCAGCCACUCUCCUUCCCCUCCCGAGGCCAGAGCCAGCGGUUCCUCUUCCCCUUCCCCGCCGCCGACAGCGAGACGUGGAUGGACAGGCGCCGCGUAG